AUGUCCAAGGCUACAGUUUCCAACUCUACCAGUCUUUUCAUAGACAAGUCCAAAGCUCCCAGCAAAGACGACCAGGGAAUAAUAGACAUCGGCAAGAACUGCGCCAAAUGUUCCCAGCUAGAUUUCCUUCCCUUCCACUGUGAAUUCUGCAAUCUCACUUUCUGUUCCAACCACAGAACCUUGGAAUCCCACAACUGCGUAGGAAAGGACAAAUUUCAAACCAGCAGAACAGGUUCGCCGCUGUACGAUGGCCCCUCUGCCAAAUCGUUGUUUCCGGACAACGACGAAAGAAGGAGAACACUUAAUCAACGGUUGCAAAAUUCACAACCCAAACCAACAACUAUUUUGGAAAAACAGUUCCGAGUCGGAGACAUCGCCAAGAAGACUCCCAAUGCCUUUUCUAAGUUUAACAAGUUCCUCAAGAUCCAGAGGGAGAAGUCAGCUGCGUCGAGUCUGGCGAUCUCGAAACUCUUUUCAUCCAAGUCUAAAUCUUCUGCAACCAGUAGAACUGUAGAGUUAGGCAAACUCAGGAAGGAUGCUAAGGGUGACGCAAAGAUACCGGCAAACGACAGAAUCUAUAUCUGGUCUCUUUACAUUAAUGGCAACUCCAAGGAAUCGUCAGGCUCAUCCCGAGAGUCCGACGAAUUCUCGCGAAUCAAUGUAGAAAAGGACCGUAAACCCAUCUUUGUUUCCAAGAACUGGGUGGUCGGAAGGGCUCUCGAUUCCAUAGCUGAUAACCUUAAGAUCCCCAACAUAAACAAUAGCACAAACAAGUCAGAAGAGAAGUUGAAUAUCUUUAAACUCGAUGAAGAGGUCCCAGUACAUGUGCAAAAUAAUAUCAAGAGCAUAUCAGCAUUCAAGAAUGGGGACAUUAUAUAUUUGGUAAGGGGCACCAUAUGA